UUUUUUCCCUUCCAAGUUACGGCGGCCUGUGGCUGUCAGUCUGUGUUUGAAUUCAUUCAUCCGCCUAUUUCUCUAUAUCGCCGAUACUAUUUAUACAAGCGAAAGUUGCAGAUUUCGAAGCCGGCGACAGACUAGGGUUUCAUUUUGCUUGGAAUAACAUUGUUGCUGUUUCUCCCAAUCGCUUCACGAUGAUCUACGACGUCAACUCUCCUCUGUUCCGCUCUUUCCUCAGCCAGAAGGGAGGAGGAGCCUACGACAAAAGAAAAACUGAGGAGCAGAAGCCAAAAGAGCAGAGAUUCAAGGCAAACGAGAACAAGCCUGUCAUGACAGAGUAAUAACAACAUGAAUAUGUAGGUUCUAGGUCAUAUUGUAGUCAAGUUUGAAUUUCUUCAAUGGACCCAGUUUUCGUAUUCCUUGUAUGUUAGAACAUUCUGCAACUGGAGCCUUUGUGUUUGCAAUGACAAUGAGUCGAUCUUCCAAGACCUUUCUUAUUUGAAACCUAAAGGCAUGAUAUAAUCUAAGCACCUCUUUCUUUUAUGAUUCA